UGUCACCGCAACUGUCAUUGGAAAACACAUUGCAUUGUUUUCUUCAGUUUGAGUUGUAAUUUUUUCAAUUUCUCAACGAAAUGCCUCAAGGAAAACUCAAGCAAAAGACCAAGGUCCCCAAUUCAGUCAAGGCCAAAAAGAAAGGCAGUGCAUUCACCACCAGAGCACGCGCUCCAAUUCAACCGAAAAAACAUAAAUUUGCUGAGCAACAAAAACUGAAACAAAUUGUGUCCAAGUCAGUGAACAAGUCGGUUGAACAGGAAAUGAGAAGUCGAGCGAAGGAGGGACACCUUAAUUUGAGUAAAGCACAACUAGCGGUUGCUAAACAUCACAAGGACAAAUCUGAUGCUGUAAAGACGGAGGAGUCAGCGAUGGAAUAGACUGUUUUGUGUUAUGUGACUGUUGUAAAUGAAGUAAAUUUCUAUUAAAAAAUAUAUUUCCGAAAA